AUGGCAGACGCGGACGACGAUGUGCUGAAAACCCCUGCAAAUGCAUCGGUGCAGCCAGAGGUCGACUUGUCCGACGAGACACAGGACUUUCGCUUUCUUAACAAUCUGAAUAUCUAUGCAGAUUCUGGGAGUCUUCCGCGUCGCGGGGAGAAGGACUUCGAACCUAAUCCGACGGAACACCAAACCGGCGUCCUUUCCGAGUCACGAAAGGCAAUGCACAAUGCGCUCUCAUUUCCUCGUCUACAUGGAUCAAAGUCCCAUGUCAUAGCUUUCUAUGCCCCGAAUGGAUAUUUCCCUCUGGCCGAAGUUUCUCCACCAAAAGCCCCGCAACAAACAGAAAAGAGUACAGAGUCACCCGAGAAGCCUGCAAGGCCCACGCCGAGGUCUGCCAACAUCAACCCCGACGUAUGUGUCUAUGUGCCCAAUCCGAAAGGCACUCUCUUCAAAUCAGUGGGGCAAAGUGACCGCUGGAAUCGUCUCUGGUUGCUACCCGAGGAAGCUUUAUAUCUUAUCGAGAGAGGCAGUCUGGAUAUCAGAUGGCCUAGUCCGACCGAUCCUGCAGUUCCGAAGCAGGAUGAUCUCUCUAUACCAAUGAGUUUGCAGGCUGCGUAUGCGUCCUUUGUAGGACAUGGUGGUCUGACUCUCGAACGAUAUUCUGUUUAUACUGGUCUCAAACGUUUGGGAUACACACUUGCUCGAGCACCUGGAUGGUGCGAUGAGGCAGAACAGCAAGAGAAUGAGCAGGAAACCUCUCCUAGCUCAAGUGUUCAUGAGAAUGUCAAACCAAUGUUACGUGGAGCUGGCUUAGCAGGCAUUCUAGGGUCAUUUUUCAACUGGCUUCACGAUCCUCAUUCAACAGCUUCAACAACAACUGGCCCAAUGAUUGGCACUGGAAUCCACCGUCACUACAUGGAUGUAUACCGCAAGCUCGCAAUAAUUCCAUGGUACGAUCCCGUCACUGCACCUCCCUCAAACCCCUCCGAUAUCACAGCGCCGUUCCGCGUCGUUUUCCAUGUCUGGAAGCCCUCAACCCCCUUCAAAAAAUCAGCACCACCCACCCCCGAGUUCCGUGUUGCGGUACUCAGCACCCGUGAUCAAACUAGUAUGCCGACCAUGACACAACUCGGCGCAUUGCUCGAAAGUACCCCUCUUGAUCCUCCAUCCGGAGAGAAGAUGGAGCGUAUGAUGUAUAUGAGACUGCGGCAUGGAUAUCGCCACGUUAUCUUGGCAGUCGUGGACCAGGGAGUUGUCAGUUACCUACGGGUUGCUGACUCGGCAUUUGGCAAGGAGAAGCUGUAUGAGAAUCAGGGCGGGCCCCGGGGACCCAAGCGGGGAGGGCGUGGACAACAGAAGUCUAGAAAGCGUUAA